AGACCCAUUGUUGAGCUUGGGGAGAAGAUAAUGCUUUUAAACCCAACAUGUUUUCAUGGUUUUAGCCGUUUCAGGAUCAUACCAGAACCAGAGAUUGCUCAUCGAAGAUCGUCAUCAUGUACGUAGUGGAGAGCAAAGGAGGCGCCAUAGCAUGCAUGCUUUUAGCUCUUUUCUUCUUGGGCACAUGGCCUGCAAUUAUCACUCUGCUCGAGAGGCGAGGACGCCUCCCUCAACACACUUACCUUGAUUAUACAAUCACAAAUCUCUUGGCUGCUGUUGUUAUUGCUUUAACGUUUGGUCAAAUAGGGGACAGUACAGUGGACAGACCUAAUUUCUUCACUCAGCUUUCUCAGGACAAUUGGUCAUCGGUCUUGUUCGCAAUGGCCGGUGGGGUGGUCCUCAGCCUGGGGAACCUUUCCACACAAUAUGCUUGGGCUUUCGUUGGGUUAUCUGUUGUUGAAGUGAUUUCGUCGAGCAUGACUGUCGUUAUAGGAACAACCAUGAAUUACUUCUUAGAUGAUAAAAUAAACAAAGCUGAGAUCCUUUUCCCUGGUGUCGGUUGCUUCCUUGUUGCCGUUUGUCUUGCAUCGGCUGUUCAUUCAUCUAAUGUAGCUGAUAACAAAGCGAAGCUUAGCAGGUUUCCAAUUGAUAACAAAUCCGAAAAAGGGACUGUGCUUUCAUCUGCACCCGAAGCAGUGAUUUCAAAGGAUCAAGAGAAAGGGGAUGGUCCGGUAGGCAAAGCAAAGGCCGGAACAGCAACCUUCCUGAUCGAGCUUGAGAAAAGGAGGUCGAUCAAGGUGUUCGGAAAGAGCAUGUUCAUCGGACUGACCUUAACUUUCUUUGCUGGGGUUUGCUUCUCCCUCUUCUCACCGGCAUUCAACUUGGCGACAAACGAUCAAUGGCGCACUUUGAAAGAUGGGGUUCCCAAGUUGGCUGUCUAUUCGGCAUUCUUCUACUUCUCGGUCUCAUGUUUCGUAAUUGCUCUCAUCCUAAACAUCAGCUUCCUUUACCAUCCAGCUCUUGGAGUCCCCAAAUCGUCGUUUAAGGCCUAUCUAAAUGACUGGAAUGGCCGAUGGUGGGCUUUCUUGGCCGGGUUUCUGUGCGGGUUCGGGAAUGGUCUCCAGUUCAUGGGAGGCCAAGCUGCAGGCUAUGCAGCAGCAGAUGCUGUUCAGGCACUUCCUCUUGUAAGCACAUUUUGGGGAGUGAUUUUAUUCGGAGAGUAUCGAAGAUCGUCACGAAGAACGUAUAUAUUGUUGUUCUGCAUGUUGUUCAUGUUCGUUGCAGCUGUUGGAGUACUUAUGGGAUCAUCUGGUCAUAGGAAAUAAAAAUACAGCUUUAGAAAACUGCACACUUAGAUUGAAGUAAAAAACAUACAUCAGGGGACUGCAUUCUUCGUCGACAACUUGAUUUCCGAAACAUGAUGCCUUGUACUUAUAUUUGUCUGUAAUUUUACUCCAACAUUCCCUCAAUGGCAUGUGUUUUAACAA